GAAGAGAGGCAACUCAAGAGCCUCGGGGGUCAAGUUUAAACAACUUUAACCCACACUUUUUUUAUACAUAUAUUUCAUAUUUUCCUUCGAUUUUUUAAAAUCAUUUUCGCACAGGCUGAUGAUUCUUUUUGAGAGAGGAAACCAAAGUUUAUUAUGAAGCUUGUGGGCGCUGAAGUGAACGUGCGCCUGAAGGGAAAUGUGUUGAUGUUGUUCUUCUAUGGAUUUUUGUUGGCACCUUAAUUUUAAAAAAACAAAACAAAAAAAACACACUUGUGACUUUAGUUUUAAAGUUAAAGCCUGAACCGUAGCGUCACUGGAGGCGUUUGGCCAUAAGGGACGUGAAUCCAGCGCCAAGUUGCUGAGCAGGAGAAAGGACUAGUUCUUCGUGAGCGGUGGAUUUAUGUAAAAUAAAGAAAACUCACGACGAUUAUAAUCUGGAUUCCGUGAUGUAUAUGUGAAAGUUUCCCCGAUCCGAAUUGAUUUCGUUCGGACAAGGGGAGACUUUCAUGGAUUUUUUAUGUGGGACCCGCUAGGAUGGACGUGGUAGAUGAAACAGAAGCGUUACAGAGAUUUUUUGAAGGUGCUUUCAUCUCAAGGACAUCAACAUGCUUUGGCUACGCGCAGGUCAUGAUAUUACCAGUUCUCUGGAGCCAGCCAACAUCGACACCAGUAUCCUGGAAGAGUACAUCAGCAAGGAGGACGAUAGCACUGACAUCUGUUUCUCAGAGGUCCACAGUACCCCCGGACCAAAUUACUCAUCUCCCCAGGCAGGAGUGUCCUCCUCUGGGGGGUUGGUGUGUGGUGUGAGCCCCCCUAUUCCCCUACGCCAAGGAGCCCCUCCGCCUGGGCCCCCUAACUGUCAGAACGCCUACCCUCCAGGUCCGUCCCUGGGCCUCCGACACAGCUACCCCUGCCUGGGACAGCAGCAGCAGCAGCAGCAGCAGCAGCAGGCUCACAUCAAGCCAGAGCACAGGGGCCAUUACGCCCCAGGGACACUACCUGAGUCCCCCCCGGACUCCAGCUCAGAGCCGUACUCUCCACAGCAGGUGAAUGAUCCUCACAUGAUCAGGACCAUGACACCAGAGAACAUGUGUCACAUGACUCCAACGCCACCCCUCCCACCACACGGGCACUAUCCCAGCAUGCAUCGGGACAUGUACCUGAAGCCUGAGCCCAUGAUAACACAGUAUCCUAUUGGUCCAGCCACGAGCGGAAGUGGAGACAUGCAGCAGACGCAGAUGCUUCAUCAGCUGCUGCAGCAUCCUCAGGGGCAAGACGGCAUCCCUGUUCACCAGGCCAAGAAGAGGAAGCACUCUGACUCUCCCAACAGCACCCUCAAUUCCCAAAUCCUCACAGGUAUCAUCAAACAAGAACCAGGUUUAAUGCAGGAUGCAGACAACACGUACUUGGACCCAAACUAUCAGUGCAUUAAGUGGCAACCUCACCAGCAGAACAAGUGGACACCACUUUAUGACGCAAACUGCAAAGAGCUCCCGAUGCCAACCUACCGUGUCGAUGCUGACAAGGGCUUCAACUUCUCCUUGGCUGAUGAUGCCUUUGUUUGCCAGAAGAAGAACCAUUUCCAGGUCACAGUAUACAUAGGCAUGCUGGGAGACCCCAAGUACAUCAAGACAAGUGAAGGCCUGCAGCCCAUCGACUGUUUCUAUCUCAAACUCAACGGAGUGAAGGUGGAGGCCAUGAACCAGUCCAUCAGUGUGGAGCAGUCACAGUCCGACCGCAGCAAGAGACCCUUCAAGCCAGUGCUUGUCACCUUGCCCCCAGAGCAGGUCACAAAGGUCACAGUGGGGCGGCUCCACUUCAGCGAGACAACGGCGAAUAACAUGAGGAAGAAGGGCAAACCAAACCCUGACCAGAGGUAUUUCAUGCUGGUGGUGGCGCUGCAUGCUCAGUCCCACAGUCAGAGCUACACUGUGGCUGCUCACGUGUCUGAGAGAAUCAUCGUCAGGGUAACGUCUGGCCAUGCAUCCAACCCAGGCCAGUUUGAAAGUGACAACGAGGUGCUGUGGCAGCGCGGCCAACUACCAGACUCAGUCUACCACCACGGGAGAGUCGGCAUCAACACCGACCGGCCUGACGAGGCCCUUGUCGUCCAUGGCAACCUGAAGGUCAUGGGCUCCCUGGUGCACCCGUCUGACAUCAGGGCCAAAGAAAAUGUCCAGGAGGUGGACACCACAGACAAUUUGAAACGGAUUUCUCAGAUGAGGCUGGUCCAUUAUCAGUAUAAGCCUGAGUUUGCUGCCACCGUGGGCAUAGAGAACACUGCAGAGACUGGAGUGAUCGCUCAGGAGGUCCAGCAAAUCUUGCCUGAGGCAGUGAAGGAGGGGGGUGAUGUGGUGUGCGCCAAUGGAGAAACUAUUCCCAACCUGUUAGUCGUCAACAAGGAACGUAUCUUCAUGGAGAACGUGGGCGCGGUGAAGGAGCUGUGUAAGCUGACAGACAACCUGGAGACUCGUAUAGACGAAUUGGAGCGCUGGAGUCGCAAACUGGCCAAGCUGCGUCGUCUUGACAGCAUGAAGAGCACUGUGAGUGGAGGCACUGUCAGCCAAUCAGGGAGCUAUUUUAGCAGGACGGGAAGCGGCCCACUCAAGAAGAAGACAGUCAGACCUGGGAGCAAGAACUCGCUUCCAGAUCAAGGCUGCAUCAGUCAGAGAUUCAUGCAGGGGACCAUCCUGGCACUAGUCAUUGUCAUGGCCUUCAGCGUCAUUUCCAUGUCUGUCCUUUAUGUGCUGACUCUUCACCAUAGAGGAGACGUCACAGAGAAAGACGCCUUUGUUCCUUCCUGUGUUCUCUACAUCUCUUGGAUGCCCAUCUUCACUGCCACUGUAACUUUCUGUCCGCCUGUCUGCCCAUGGUCCAGAGCUGCACUGGGAUCUUCACGCAAGAGUCCAUAUACUCCACUGUCCACCACCCCUGCACCUGCUUGCUGUCCAACCACAGCCAUAAACAACCAAUCAACUACAGUUUUGACACAGAGUAACAACCAAUCCACAACAGAUGUAGGCAGCCUGGUUCCCACACUGGGCACUAUUAUUAAGAAGGCCAAGUCCAGACUGAUGGACAAGGAUGGCCACAGCAGAAACCGACUGAGUCACACCUCAGCACCCUUGUACUUUGCCAAGUCCAAAAAGCCGGCACCUACAGACCUGGACGGAGUGGGAGCUACCAACCGUCUGCCCGGGGGUCAACCAUUGCCACGAAGACAACGCAGCUUACACACAAAGGGAGGAAGGUCAGCUCCCUCCCUGACUAGUCUUCAUAUUGUGGAGACGAACCAAGAGAUCACAGCACAAAGUUGUGCAACACCCAAGAGCUGCAGCUACACAGUAUCGCUCCAUGGAAAAAGAAAUUCCUCCCUCUCACAAAUCACUUUGUACAUGACGUCCACAAACAGCGUGUGGGUACAACAAUGUGGAGCCACCAAGGGACGUUUAUGCCCCAACCACACAGAUGCAGAGCUCUACGGGGGUCAGAGUACAUCAACAAAGGGGACUCGUCACCUGUGGUCAGUGCCUGUGCUGUCUUUCCAGGACAUCACCUAUCACUUCCGUGUCUCCCAGUCUAGUGAAGUGAGCUGUGCCACUGAAGGAGAAACCUCAUCAUACUCUGACUACCAUUUUCUCAUUCAAAGCAGCUGUGUGUGAGGAGGAAGAUGAUGUGUCCCAGGUGCCUUUAAAUACGCCACAUUUCUCCUUUGUGGUUCCAUUUAUACGCUGUUGUGAUGGGAAAGGGUUUUGUCUCAUUCUUGUACAUUGUUUUUAAAGAGAUUUAAUACAGAACAAACUAUAUACCACUGUCCCCACUGUAAUCCCCUCCAUAUGUAUAUGCAUUAAGACAUCUCUUUUUGCUGUGAUCACUGGAGUUUCAAACACUGUUUAAGUUUCUUUUUUUAUUUCUGUCACUGAAAAUGUUUUAGAUCGUUGUAAUUGACGACUGUGUUGUGUCACUGUUAACUGCUAUUGUGAAAGUAACGCCCAUGAGUUUAUAGCUCACUUUAUUACUGAUCACUAUGUCUUCCAUACUUAAUAUAAGCCAUAAUUACUUUUUAGCAGAAUUCAUGUUUCUAAAUCAAGUCCAGGCUAAGAUACUGUAGAUGACACCGCACACAUUUUUCGUUUCGUUUUGUAAUACUAUGAGUCUAUAUGUACACUGAAACCAGUGUCAACUGAAAACAAAAACACUUUUCAAUAGUUUUAUACACUGGAGCGAAGAUCAUUGGCUUCUGCUGAAGGCCUCAGUGAAUGGUUGCAACUCACAUCGAAAAUAUACCUCAGUAGUGUACACUGGCAAAUCCUGGGUCUCUACAGUGGAGCUUUGUGUUUGAGACUGCUGCAGUCUGCCAGACUGUCUGCUGUCUCCUCAUGCAGCAUCUGACUCAACACUGUACAGAGAGGAAAAUACUGUGUAGUAUUUCUAUCUCGAUUGUGACAUUGAAUUAAAUAUCAAAUUGUUUUAUAAAAUGUUCAUGCAAAUGCAUCAAACUAAAAAAGAAAAUCCUCAUGACCACUCCUUAAAUGAAGGUGUCCAUAUCGGCAGAGUCACUGGAUAACGUGAUAAGACUGGAUGAGUAAACAAGUCACUGGAAAUCAAAGUGUAGAAACACUGACAGCUCUUAGCAUCUGAUAAUGGACAUGCAACAAGUCCAACACUGACAAUAUUUCAAGAAACACUGGAAUAGCUUACACUGUAUUUUGCUAACUGGACAGAAUGCUGGUAAAGCAAUAGAUGGCAUAUAUCAUUUCAGGUGCACGCCCAAUCAUUUCUCUAAAAUGAUACAUCUCAGCUCACAGGUAAACACAAUGUAAUUGCAUUUAUAUACGCACACUGCAGAGAUAAAAUUGGAUAUUAUACACUGGACAUUUUCAUAUAUUUCUCUGGAUGUUUUUGAAUACUUUUCCUGUGCCUAUACAAUUAAGAGUAUGCAGUGAUAACUCUUUUGAUAUAACUGAAUUGUAUAAUGUUUUCCUUUCUGUUAUUUCUUGUUUUAAAAGCAUUCCUCACAUACUUACACCACCAUGCUUUUGUUGCUUUUGUCAAAAUUAGUUUUUAAAUACAUAUUCCAUAUGUGUCUGUAUUCAGAACAAAAAAAACACAAUAGUGUAUCUCAAAUGUAAAAUCAAUAUUAUAAGGAAUAUAGGAAAAACAGCCAUCUGACAAAAGUUUAUGGAAUUUAUCAUAAUAUGAAGACACUGUGUAGUGUUUUUAGUAUAAUUAUUAUUACUUAAGUGGGUAUAGUGUUGUAUUUUAGCUUAUUUAUAAAGCACCAGCUAGCAUAAUGAAACCACUGUAGCACUUUUUGCACUGUAUAUAUGAACUGCUCACAGCUCUAUCCAGUGCACCAGACUGGUUUCAAAUACUCUGGUAGAACUGCAUUACAUGUAACUGUAUAGCUUCAUUUUGUUACUACCACUGCUCCUUUUUAUCCAAUGUGUUUUAUCAAAUUGUUUUUAUAGUUGAUAUUUUUUGGUUGUUGUAUUGUCAAUAAUAUAUUAACUUUUAGCUAUUGGAGCCCAGAAACGAUUGAUAAGCAUGAAAACACACACAAAUACAUUUCUAAUUUUAGCACUGUUUGUUAAGAGAAAAUGCCAUAACAUUGCAACUUGUUGCAUACUUUAAUAUCACUACUUUUUACUUUUUAGCUCAUUUUAUCAUUACAUUUUCAAUGCCUUUUGUCAAAAUUAUGCUGUAAUACUAUGAAUGC